ACGUGGUGAGGUCUGGAACCACUAACCCGGUUGUACACUUAUCACCAUGGUUGAGACCCRUAGUGRGUUGGACACGAGCCCCAACACCAAGGAGCAGCAAGAAAAGAUGGYCGCCUUAGUCAAGGAGAACAGGGAGAGGAAAGAGCGUGAGAAGCAAGCAAAGUUAAAGGCGAUUGCAGACGAACAGGCGGCGAAGAUGAAGGAAAUAGAGGAGGAGAUGGUGAAAAAGAAGAAGGCUGCUGAAGAAGAAGCGGCAGCAGAAGAAGAAAAGGAAAGAAUGAGGAUUGAAAGCAGAGAGGGAAGUAGUGGCACGAAGAGGGACACAGACGCUGAGAUUGAGAAGAAGAUCAGGAGGCGGAGUCCUAUGUGACUGAGGAUGAGAAGGUCGCACUGGCCGCCGAGCUAGCAGCCAUGGCAGACCCKAUGGAACGAAGAGAGAGGGAAGACGAGCAGAAGCUACAAUGGAAGUUGAGAAUGAAGAGGGAGAAGGGGCGGAGGAGAGAAGAAGUGAAUAAAAUGACCGCAAUCGUGGCAUAGGUGCAAGAAUGUAGAAAGGAAGUAUUGGCCCAGCCUGAUGACAAGGCCAAGUGGGACAAGAUAUUGGGUUACCUGGAGGUGUUGAGCAAGGACUGGAUGGAGGAGCGCCAUUCAAGUACAAGCCAGGAUGUAGCCUUGAGUGCCAUGCGGUCAGGGCUUAGGGAGUUUGCGCGCGAGAUCGUCACCCACAUUGGGGGCGAAGUAAAGCAAUUAAGGGACA